AUGUCUUCUACACCUUCGAACUCGAGGACCUUUGCUGCCAACACAGGUCUCGGCCUCAAGUUGACACCAUUGAAUUCCCCAUAUCCGCGAACUCCAAAAUCUCCGUAUAAGCAACGGAGCCUCUACGAAUCCGGACUAUCCCUUAAAAGGAUUAUUGGCACCACAGUCUCUUCACCGACUGCAUUCGAUACCCUUUCCUCUUCUCCGAUAUUUGCAUACACAGCUGGAGCUGCGGCAGUAGUAGUUAAUACCUCAAAUCACUCACAGCGAUUUUUCAGAGCGCGACCUACCGCCAUACCCUUGAACAGUUCCAAUACCGCAUCAUUUGCACCUUCUACACCUACAAACGCGCCACCAAACGAGGGCAGGAACAGAGCCGUAACUACUCUCAGAGACUCCGGUAUUCCGUACUCUCCUUCGACUCCACACAGCACGCUGGAUUGGGGUGACUCUCCAAGCUCGAAGACUUGGACCAGCAGGGAGCGAAUCAAGGCGGCCACAUGUCUUUCGAUCAGCCGGGAUGGAAGGCUUCUGGCUGUUGGAGAGACCGGAUAUUCGCCAAGAGUUCUAGUUUUCUCUCUACAGGAUAAUUCGUCCGAUACGCCUCUUGCUAUCUUAAAUGAGCACACGUUUGGGGUACGGGCAGUGGCUUUCAGUCCGGACCAAAGGUAUCUGGCAAGUUUGGGGUCUCCAAACGACGGUUUUCUUUAUCUUUGGUCGAUAAACCACAGAACUGGAGCCGCAAAAUUGCAUUCGAGCAAUAAAUGCACGAGUUUUGUGAAGCAAAUGCUAUGGCUCGGCAAGAGCAUUGUCACCAUUGGCACGCGGCAUAUCAAGAUUUGGAGGGUUGAAGAAACCCGAAGUGCGUCACCUACGAAGCAACGCUUUGCCUUAGAUGGUACGCCGCAACCCAUACCUGCCCAACCAUUACUCAAGGCCCUCGCCGGACGAAAUGUACUCUUGGGACCACUAGUGGAUGCGACUUUUACAACUAUAGCAGCGGUAUCCGAACACAAGGCUAUUGUCUGUUCUGAAAAAGGAGAUAUCUGCCUAUUGGAUGAUACCGAAGGGCAGAAGCUAAUUAAGUUGGCAAGCACUGGAUUCGCGAUCACUUGCGUUGCGAUCGAUAUGCAAGCUCGGCGAGUCAGGGUAGGAGGUCGCAAUGGAAAGGUCAAAACCAUGAAUCUGGACGAUCUUUUAGCGCCUAGUACACCUCCUGAGUCGCCUGUUCCAAGCGAUGAGAACAUAACAUCAUCAAGUGACGCGGGCCAUCUAUGCGCAAUGGGUUACGCUGCUAGAAGCUUGAUCGCUAUCAAUUCGAAGCACUUGAUCGAAAUAUCAAGCGCUAAUUCCGAACUCGAGGACCCACAGGUAGAGAAUUCGCCAUUUCCAGCUCAUGGGGAUUCUGUUCUGGGAGUCCGCGUCUUGACUUCGGAGAACGACUUUAAGGCUGCGUUCCUCACAUGGUCCGCCAAUGGAACAAUCGUCUUUUGGGAUUUAAAUGGCAGAAGUAUGGUAUCGUUAAAUUCGGAGGUGGAACAGUGGUCAUCGGGAGAAGAAGACGUGGUCAAUCAAUGCGUUAUCGUUCGGCCUUCCCAAGGUGCAAAAUUCCUCGUCACCGGCGAUAAAUAUGGUGUACUGAGGGUUAUCAACUCCACAAGCAAGAAGUGCGUAUUCGAAACCAGAGCGCAUUCGUCUGAUAUACAAGAUAUUGCCCUAUUCGCGACCCCUGAUACCAGUUUGAUAGCCUCUUGUGGACGGGACAGGACAAUCCAGCUGUUUCGGUGGCUUUCAGACCAGUGGGUCCUUAUCCAGACUUUAGACGACCACUCUGCUUCAGUGUGCGGAAUGAUCUUUGUGGAAAAUGGCGAGAAGUUGAUUUCAUGUUCUUCAGACAGGACAAUACAUAUCAGACAGCUUGUGAAGAAGGACGUUGGCGGACAGGAGGUGAUUGGUGCAGUACCUAUAAGGAUCGUCACCUUGAAGGCCUCUCCGGUUUCACUGACUGCUUGUUCCGGUGAUCAGACUGGAAGCUUUGUAGUUUCGUUGUUGGAUCGUACUGUGGCCACUUACGAAAUCAGCAGUGGGCGGCUUGUCAGUUCGUUUAAGGCGACGGAUGGUGAAGGCGGCGAUGCGGUAAUAUUGGAUGCUCUUGUCAUGGGGGAACCGAGCGCAAUACCUGCGUGUCCAACAAUCCUUGCCGGGAUUUCUGGAACCGACAAAUCCGUGAGAAUAUAUGAUGCAAUUACGGGGAACUUUCUGGAUCGCGAAUGGGGUCAUACAGCUGCCGUGACAGAUGUUGCUCUUCUAGAACCGGCUGAUUCAGAUCAAAAGAUCUUGAUCAGUACUGGAAGUGACGGGACUAUCAUGAUCUGGGACCUCUCACCACGGCCACCGGAGCCCCAAGAGCCUAUGGACUUCUUAUCUCGUGAUCCGUCACCACCCAAGGAAACGCAAUCUGCUCGGCCUCCACUCAGAAGGGUGCUUUCAAGGGCAGAACUAGCGGAAUUCCAAAGAGCAUCGCCAGCGUCUACACCCGGCAAUCGUUCGCCACCAAGAGUCCGGAGGAAAACUUCGAAAUACAAUCUUUCUUCCCAGUCGCCGACUUUAGCGCCCCCACCUGUUCCUCCGCUGAGUUCAAAACACUUUGCAUCUACAUCGGACGACUCUGGCGUGCGUCGAAAUGCCAACAGAGCUAAAUCUAGAAAUCGGUCUCGAAGCCCAACAAGCCCAAAAGCCAAGGACAUGAGAAGACCGUCCCUAGCAUCACUUGAUGUUCGAGGGAGAACUAAGAGUACAGGAACUUUUAGUGAAUUUGGCACGCUUAACAUGGCGACUGAGCAAGCCUGCCGCACACUGCGAGCUUAUCGAAAGAAGUUGUUAUCAUCAGAAUCGGUUAGAGAGGAUUCUUUGAAAGAGCUUGAUCAGGAGUUACGACUGACAGCUAUGGCGCUGGGAGAAAAGAGCAUCAAAACAAAAGCUAUUAGUGAGACUGCCUUGGCGGGCUUACUAGAUCAGUAUUCGGAUAGACUGGUGUCUAUGUUCGAUGAAAAACUGAGACUGACACAGUUGACCGAGAAUUCUACUAAUACCCCAGAAACUAAUAGCCCUGAAGUUUCAGAGCGACCAAAGACUGCUGGGAACCCGGUGGUCUGA